AUGUCCUCCUCGUCACGACAGCCGUAUGGCGCCCGCGCCAAAAACCAUCCUAGUCCCCUCGUCCGCAAGCUGUUCGAAGUUGCCGAAGCGAAGAAGACAAAUGUGACUGUUUCAGCCGACGUCACAACUACCAAGGAGCUCCUUGACCUAGCUGACCGACUCGGACCGCAUAUCGCCGUAAUCAAAACCCAUAUCGACAUUCUAUCUGACUUUAGCGAAGAGACUACAAAGGGUCUGAAGCAGCUAGCGGAGAAGCACAAUUUUCUCAUUUUCGAAGACCGCAAAUUCAUCGACAUCGGCAAUACAGUGCAAAAGCAGUACCAUGGCGGCGCAUUACGGAUAUCAGAGUGGGCUCAUAUUAUCAACUGUAGUAUUCUUCCUGGUGAAGGCAUCGUGCAGGCUCUCGCGCAGACAGCCGCUGCGAAGGAUUUCCCUUAUGGGCCUGAGCGAGGGUUGCUUAUUCUCGCUGAGAUGACGUCCAAGGGUUCGCUUGCGACAGGUGCAUAUACAACCAGGUCGGUGGACUAUGCGCGGCGCUACAAGGAAUUUGUCAUGGGCUUUGUCUGUAAUAGAUCACUGACCGACGAGCAAUCUACCGAGACAAGCAAAGGCGAGGACGAGGAUUUUGUCGUAUUCACCACAGGUGUCAAUCUUUCGUCUGCUGGAGACAAACUCGGUCAACAAUACCAGACGCCGCAAUCAGCUGUGGCACGAGGAGCAGACUUCAUCAUUGCCGGACGCGGGAUCUAUGCUGCGCCGGAUCCUGUUGAAGCAGCUAAGCAGUACCAGCAGCAAGGAUGGGCGGCCUAUCUUGCAAGAGUGGGCUCUCAGUAA